AUGUGCACACUCACCCCCCCCUUGCACACUCACCCUCCUGCGGGUCCCCCCCGCCCCUGGCCGCCUCCCCGCCCCCGCCGUGCCCGGAGCCGUCGAGCGGGGCGGGCGGAGCGGGGCCGUGCGGGGCGGGUGCGGUGCGGGCGGCGGCACCGGCGGCAGCUCCAUCCCGGCUCCGGUUACAUCACCAGCUCCAACACCGGCUCCGGUCCCGGCUGCUGCUGCAGAAGCUCCACUCUCCGCUCCCGGCUUCGCUCCCGGCUCCGCUCCGGUACCAUCGUCGGCUCCGGCUUCAUUCCCUUCAGCAGCGCCGGUUCCGGCUCCACCCGCAGCUCCGGCCCCGCUCCCGGUCCCAGCGUUGGGAACAGCCACAGCCCCGCUCCCGGUCCCAUCUCCGGCUUCCCCCGCAGCUCCGCUCCCGGCCCCGUCCCCAGCCCCAUUCCUAGUCCAAUCCCUGCUCCCGAUCCGUCCUCGGCCCCAUCUCAGCUCUCGGUCUCAUCCCCACUCCUGAUCCCAUCCUCGGCCCCAUCCCUGCCCUUAGUCCCAUUCCUACCUCCACCCGCAGCUCCAGCCCCGGCCUCGGCUGCUGUCCCCAUCUCCAUCCCCAUCCCUGUCCUCAUCCAUAUCCUUGUUCCCUUCUCCAGCCCCAUCUGAGCACCGUUUCU